UCAGAUUUAUUCGAGACUGCGAAACAUCUAGUGGACACAAGGCUGCAUUCAAAAUACGCUGUUUAUUUUCGAACAAUUUAGAUUAACGGCUUUUAAAUAUAAAUCAUUGGGACUUGAAUAAUUCGAAUCGUACGAUGCAGAUUUAUCAUCUAAUGUCAAUGUUUGUAUCGUUUUCCAUAACGGUAGGCAUUCGAGCAAUCACUGCAUACGCCGUCUUCAAAAUCGUUGAACCUGAGAAGCCCAUCACCAAUGAAAAAAUGUACGACGACUAUCCGUAUCUUCGCGAGUUGGACAUGAGUCAUCAAACGACAUUCGACUUUCCAAUUCAUCAGGUUCUUCUGGAUCACGAACUACUAUCGGCAUACAUUUGCAAUUAUUGCGGUAUAAAAUCAAUCUACAAUCAAACCUUAUCCAAACUACCACAACUUACGUUGAUUGUGUUGAAAAGUAACGCUCUGAAGUAUGUGCAUCCUGAUUCAUUCCAGCACAACUCCCGACUGGAUCAUAUAAAUUUAUCCGGAAAUCAGCUGGUUACGAUCAACUCACUGGCCACUCUUCGACAUAUAUCUUCAGUAUCGAUAUUGAAUCUGAGCCAUAAUGAGAAACUGGAUAUAAACCGAGUGACACUGGAAGGUGAUAGAUUAAUGAUUUUCAGCUGCAACAAUUGCGCAACGACUUACCUGGACCGAAAUUCGUUCGCUGGUAUGUCCAGACUUUCACACAUUAACUUCAAGGAGAAUAUGAUCGAGCAGAUUCAUUAUGAUGCACUGGAAUGGUUGAGCUACUUAAAAAUUCUUAACAUCGAUGGGAACCGCAAUUUAACGAUGUUGAGCUUCACGUCGAAAUCUCUGAAACGGUUGAGUGCCCAAAACUGUUCACUGGAAGGUACUUUGCAAACUUCAAAUCUACCCGAACUAAUAAGCAUCAAUGUGCAGGGGAACCGUAUUACACAUCUGGAUGAGCUUAGCCUCGUGGCUAAUUCGAAGAUCAACAGUUUACUGCUGGAUGACAAUGAACUUCAAAAAAUUCCGGAAAUACUCAUAAAACUACCACAGUUGCAGCGCUUAUGCCUCGAUCGAAAUCUUUUUCAACCGUACGAGAAUAUCUAUAAAGCAACCUUGGUGUAUAAAUCAAGAUUUUUAAGGCAGAAUUGUUCUCAAGACGAUGCCUUCCAUCUCAAGUUUGAGUAUCAACUACCGAAUAAAAACGGAGUGGCAGUUUAUAAGAAGAAGCCAGUGCACAGUGUUUCCAACAAUGGCGCCAAGAUGGAUCUAUCAGGCCGGAACAUAGUUUUCAUUGAACAAGAUUACCUAAUCGAUUACACAAAGGUGAUAGAAUUUAUUUUUGACAACAAUCAUAACUUUGACUUCAAGGAAUCGAUGCCGUUCCUUGAGAGCAAUUCUGUUGAAAUUUUGUACAUGCGGAACUGCUCAAUUACUGCCCUCAAUAGCUCUACAUUCAUGAAACUUCCAAAACUUACUUCCCUACAUCUUCAGGGCAAUCAGAUUCUAUCACUUUACAGUUCAUCAUUUUAUCCACGACAUGGAUUGACUUACAUCAAUUUGGCUAGCAAUAAUCUCCAGUUGAUAUCGCUUACGACGUUCCAAUAUCUCUAUAAGUUGAAAGUACUAAUCCUGGACGAUAACCGGCAUUUUUUAAAAACUGUCCGAAAACAUUUUCUUAUAAGCACAUCGAUAACCAAUCUCAGUUGUGAAAACUGUGGAUUUGAACAAAUGACCGAUGAAACUUUCGAUAUGAUGUCAAAGUUACGAGCGUUGAAUUUACAUAAUAAUAACUUGAGAUCAUUUGAUAUCGAUCUUCUAAACGAACUGGAAACACUUUGUAUAGAUGACUCUUUUCUCGAAGAAGCGUUUCUUCGUUCACUUGAAAUGCGCAUCGACCGAGUGACUGAGCUAGAAGCCAGUUGUAAGAAACAAUGUUUAUCCAAACAAUUGAGGAAUAACAUUGUUUCAGAAAUUCUUGAUACAACUGCAAUGACAGAUGCCACGAGUAAGACGCUUUAUAUGAGAUCUUCAGCCGUAGUGAUCUGGCAGACUUCAGCUAGUCAGGUGAUUGGCAUUAGAAUAUUAGUGCUUUUGCUGCUGAUAUGCCACCGAUAUGCAUCGUAUGUGCACUCGGUUUGAACAUUGCAAAACCCACCGAAAAAUUUAGAAUCAUUACACCAGCAUAUCAUGCUUACCAGUAAUCCUAUGAACAGUUUGACAAUAGUCGGUUGAGCGUUCCAUACUUUUAGUCGGUAGUCUCUGUAGCAUUCCAAACUUUCAAAAUUUAAAAAAAAAUAUGAGCAUUAACCUACAAAAAUAGAAUCGCGCGUUCAACCAAUCAUCUUCAAACUUUCUGGGAGUAAAAUAAAACAUGCUGUGAAUAUUUUUAA